AUCGAUUAACCAGCCUGGAGUUCACAUUUACCGCUAUCCCAUCUUCUAAUCGAUGAUCGAUUGUAUAUUAGCUCCACACAAAGAUGGCGGACCGAGCGCCUGGUGGCUCUCAGAAAGCUAGCGCUAAGGCGCUGCUUGAGAGCAAACUGAAGUCAUUCAGCAUUGGCAAAAUGGCUGUGGCAAAGAGGACCCUAAGCAAGAAGGAACAAGAUGAAAUCAAGAAAAAGGAGGAUGAGCGGGCAGCAGCAGAGAUCUACGAGGAGUUUCUUGCUGCUUUUGAAGGAGGAGAGGGCAAAGUGAAGGCUUUUGUCCGUGGCGGCAUUGCAAAUGCAACAAAAGAGGAGGCAGCAGCUGAUGAGAAGAAAGGAAAGUUGUACAAGCCCAAGUCCCGCUUUGAUAACCAACCAAAAAGCAUCUUGCCUUUGGAAACCCCGCCUCAGUUUUUAGCAUUAGACAAAAGACAUUCUGUGAAGAAAACUAGUGAAAAGGAAAAGAAGAAGAGCAACUUGGAGCUUUUUAAAGAAGAGCUUAAACAAAUACAGGAGGAAAGGGACGAAAGGCACAAGAUGAAAGGACGCGUUAGCCGUUUUGAACCUCUCUCAGGCAGCGAUGGAAGACGUUCAUCGGAUGGUUCUUCAAGAAGAAACCGUCCGUCCAGUGUUUUGGACGACUGUGCACCGGGUUCCCAUGACGUUGGAGAUCCAUCCACUACUAACUUGUAUCUCGGAAACAUCAACCCACAGAUGAAUGAGGAGAUGCUGUGUCAAGAGUUUGGCCGCUAUGGACCGCUGGCCAGCGUGAAGAUCAUGUGGCCAAGGACGGAUGAGGAGAGGGCUCGGGAGAGGAACUGUGGCUUUGUGGCUUUCAUGAAUAGGAGGGAUGCUGAGCGAGCACUAAAGAACCUGAAUGGAAAGAUGAUAAUGAACUUUGAGAUGAAAUUAGGAUGGGGCAAAGGUGUCCCCAUUCCGCCUCACCCCAUCUACAUCCCUCCUUCCAUGAUGGAGCACACACUCCCACCGCCUCCCUCCGGUCUACCUUUCAACGCACAGCCCAGGGAGAGGCUAAAGAACCCCAAUGCUCCCCUGCUUCCUCCGCCUAAAAACAAGGAGGAGUUUGAGAAGACUCUGUCGCAAGCCAUAGUCAAAGUGGUUAUCCCAACAGAAAGGAAUUUGCUCUCUCUCAUCCACCGAAUGAUCGAGUUUGUGGUGCGUGAAGGCCCAAUGUUUGAAGCCAUGAUCAUGAACAGAGAAAUCAACAAUCCCAUGUACAGGUUUCUAUUUGAGAACCAGAGUCCGGCACAUGUAUACUACCGGUGGAAGCUCUACUCCAUACUACAGGGUGAAGCACCAGCCAAGUGGCGAACAGACGACUUUAGGAUGUUCAAAAAUGGCUCUCUGUGGCGCCCACCUCCUCUUAAUCCGUACCUCCAUGGUCCUUAUGAUGACGGUGAAGAAGAGGAGGACGAGGAGGAGGGCAGCAAGAAAGGCUGCUUAAAAGAAGAAGAGCGGGACAAACUGGAGGAGAUGCUGCGUGGUUUAACUCCAAGGAGAGGAGACAUAGCAGAAGCCAUGUUGUUUUGUUUGAGCCACGCGGAAGCAGCUGAAGAGAUUGUGGAGUGUGUCACAGAGUCUCUCUCUAUCCUCAAGACCCCUCUCCCUAAGAAGAUCGCACGGUUAUAUCUAGUUUCUGAUGUGCUGUACAACUCUUCAGCCAAAGUCUCCAACGCGUCUUACUACAGAAAAUAUUUUGAGGCAAAGCUCUGCCAGAUUUUCGCCGACCUCAACAACACGUAUAAGUCGAUACAGGGCCACCUUCAAAGUGAAAACUUCAAGCAACGUGUCAUGUCAUGUUUCCGUGCCUGGGAGGACUGGGCCGUGUACCCAGACCCCUUCCUCAUCAAGCUGCAGAACAUCUUCCUGGGUCUAGUGAAUCUGGCUGCAGAGAAGGAGCCUGUUGUUGUCAUUGUGGAGCCUGAACUAGUAGAGGACAUAGACGGAGCUCCAAUAGGGGAGUACAUGGAUGGCACCCCACUGGAGGAUGUGGAUGGGAUGCCAAUCGAUGCAGGGCACAUUGAUGGAGCUCCCAUUGAUGGAGCCCCUCUGGAUGACCUAGACGGCGUUCCUAUUAAGGCUUUGGAAGAAGACAUUGAUGGAAUCCCUUUGGAUCAGUCAAAGGAGUCGACCUUUAAGGUUGCUCCCUCCAAAUGGGAAGCAGUGGAUGAGGCCGAGUUGGAAUCUCAAGCUGUGACUACAUCGAAAUGGGAGAUGUUCGAGCAGCCGGAAGAGGCCAAAAAGGAUGACGAGGACAGCGAUUACGACGACCGGAGCCCUCGCUCAGAUGAAAAUCAAAGCUACUCCAACCCCGUCAGAGACGACCCUGAUUUCAAGGCCAAGCUGUCUGAAAUGAACGAGGAGAAACGCACCAAGCUCAGGGAGAUAGAGGUUAAAGUCAUGAAGUUCCAGGAUGAGCUGGAGUCUGGAAAGAGGCCCAAAAAGCCUGGUCAGAGCUUUCAGGAGCAGGUGGAGCACUACAGGGACAAACUGCUACAAAAGGAAAAAGAAAAGGAGAAACUUGAGCGGGAGAAAGAGAGAGAGAAGAAAGAGAAGGAGAAAGCUGAGGCACGGUUGAAAGACUUGAAGAAGGAGAAAGAGGAGGACACGCCAACCAGGAAAGACAGGAAGCGGCGUCACAGUGGGUCACCCAGCCCCACUCGGAGUAGCAGCAGACGAGGCCGGUCGUCGUCACCCCGUUCAGAGCGCUCGGAAAGAUCAGAACGCUCCGACCGCUCAUACUCUAAAGACACAUCCUCACGCGCUACACAUAAAGACUCCCCGAGAUCCAGCAACAAGAAGUCAUCAAAGAGAUCUCCCUCACCUCGCACACCCAAAAGAUCCAGGAGGUCACGCUCCAAGACGCCCAAGAAAUCAACGAAGAAGUCUCGCUCUAAAUCAAGGUCUCCUCACCGGUCUCACAAAAAAUCAAAGAAGAGUAAACACUGACACGUCUUUUUCUUCAACCUCCAAACCAGCCUUCUCUCCCUCCCCUCCCGGUCUCCCUCUCUCUGCGCCGUGUUGUAAAAAUGAUUGACUGAUCAGGCAGCUGAAGAUCUCUGCCCUCAUGUUGAUGUAAAGACAAUGAUGAGUGAAGGGUCCUGCAUGGGUUUCCAUCUGGUGUAUCAAAUGGAUGGGGCCGUUGCUGUUUUAUAUUGUACAAAAAAAUAAUAAUGUGCUUGUGUGUCCUGAUUCCCCGUCACCUCACAAUGGAAUUCAUCCAUGUGGUAGACCACACCCGUUCUGAGUGUGAUGACUUAAGUCAUAUUCAUGCUGUCAUUUUCUGUUUUUGUAGUUCACAUUAAAAAGGAAUUCCUAAUAAAAAUGAAAGUGUCAUUUUUAAAUUAAA